AUGGUACACCUUCAUCCUAUAUUAUGCUCGCUGCUCUUAGUUUUGGGUGUUAUUGAAGCAGAAUCGUGCAAUGCUCCUUCCAUCGCCGACAGCCAAGUUCUCAACAGCUCCUCAUUCAUCGGCUCUGCUGCAUCCGCACACCCACUCAAGCCCCUCUUCAAAUUCUACCCUGAUGCCUCCCUUAUGCACACUGAUGGUGGCAACUCCGGUGCUCGAGACGACCAAGGCCCCCUCGGCAUUGACCCACACAUCCGCAGCAGCAGCGCCAAAGUCUUAAUGAUGGUAUGGGGCUCUGAUGGAAGCAUGACCUGCGGCUACGCCAAUACCACCAUAUCCAGCAGCGCGCCAAAGCUUGGCCUCGUUGCCAUGGAUCCAAGCACGCUGCAAAUUCAAGCUGCAUGGUACCCACCUGGAAACGAGACGCUACGGUUCAGCUACAUGGAGUACAUCAAGGAGACUGACGACAUUGUUGUCAGUACGUACCAGGGUCACGUAUAUGUCGUGCACCGCGGGACUUGCGGUACGACGCCUUGUUUCACCACUACGCGGACGAUCUCACUAGCGGGUGCAUUCUUGUCUGGCGAGCAGCUGCUGAAUGCCAUGUAUGACACGGCGGGCAAUAUCUGGUUUACAACGGGCGGCACGAUAAAUGGUGGUGACGCAGCACAAGAGUCGUUUACCUUCGGCUAUGUCACGCCGAACGGGACUGUCGUGAAAGAGCAUGUACAUGGAGAGUUUGUGGAGAAUGGCAUUGCUGUCAGUGGCUUGGAUGUGUACAUGGUAAGUGGACCUACAGCCAUGGCAAACGCGAGCAAUGCUACCGGGUACAUGUAUUCGGUAACUUCAGGUCGCGAGGGGGCCAAAAUCAAGUGGCGAGCUCCGUACACAGCCGGUCUGGAUGCAGACGGCGAUGUUCGUGGGUCCGGGUCAUCGCCCGUGCUGUUGCAAGACAACUAUGUUGCAAUCACGGAUCGAUCAAGUCCACAAGUGAAGCUCAACAUCUUUCACCAGAAGACGCAGAACAGUACAGACAAGCAGGUACUUUGCAAAGUGCCCCUUUUCACGCCUGGCAAGAGCAACAACGAUAACGCUGUUCUGGGCCAUUUCGAUGGGAAGACGCAUGGCGUUAUCAUACAGAACAACUACGGCAUUCCGCCAGUAUAUCAACCCGAGCCUGACGUGCCCGUCGAUGUCAAUGGGAAGUGGAAUGAUAUGAGCGGAAUGGCUGGUGGAAUGACGCGCAUUGAUAUUAAUCCUAAUGGGACAUGCUCCAUGCGGUGGACAAACACUGAAUUAGCUAUCAAGGGCGUUUCCAUCAUGUCAACGAGAUCUGGCUUGAUAUAUGGCUACGUUCAAGAUACUGAGCGCUCGCCGAGGGGAGAGUAUGUGUGGUAUGUCGCAGCGGUUGACUGGGAUACCGGUCGGACUGUCUACAAAGUGAGGACUGGUGCUGGCGGGACAUACAACGAUAACUAUUUGCAAGCAUCGGUGGGUCCUGAUGGCACAUUUUAUCAAACGGUCUUUGGGGGUAUUGUUGGGGUAAGAGAUGGCCAGUAG